AUGUCUCACACAAACACAGCGAACAGAGCUGGAUACCCCGUGGCCAAACUAGGAAAAGCUCUAGCACUGAUUAGCUUCGAGCCCAAUGGAUCUGUCCUCGAACUCAGCGCAGGUGUGAGUCUGCCAGGUGUAGUGGCUGCGCGGUGUGGAGCCGACGUGAUCCUCUCGGACGCCGCCGACAAACCGUCGUGUCUGGAGAACUGCAGGCGCAGCUGUGAAGCCAACGCGCUCCGCGGCGUGGCGGUGGUGGGUCUCAGCUGGGGGGAGGUCUCCCCGGACCUCGUCUUGCUCCCCGAGCUGGACGUCAUCCUGGGCUCAGACGUUUUCUACGAUCCCGAAGAUUUCGAAGACGUCCUGGUGACGGUCGUUUUCCUGCUGAGAAAAAAUCCCAAAGCCGAGUUCUGGACGACGUACCAGGUUCGAAGUGCCGACUGGUCGAUCGAAGUGCUGCUGCACAGGUGGAGCCUGAGCUGCGCCGACAUUCAGCUCCAACACUUUGACGCCGACAGGUCAGAGCUGGGCGGCUCGACGCUGCCGGGUAACCACAGCAUCCAGAUGAUGAAAAUCAGUCUGAAGACGGAGGAUGUUGGACGGAGGACCAUCACCAUAAACUGCUCCACAAUGCUUUAA